GACAAUAUAUUGAUCUAAUAAGGAUAUUUGAAUGUGGUGGCUAUCCUCCGGCUUCAACUUACCUAUUUCUUGGAGACAAUAUGUUUGCUUUUAGCGUAUAAAGUACCCUGACAAAAUCUUUCUUCUGAGGGGAAACCAUGAAGAUGCAAAAAUCAAUAGAGUAUAUGGUUUUUAUGAUGAAUGUAAGCGGAGGUUCAAUAUUCGGCUCUGGAAGAUAUUUUGUGAUUGCUUCAAUUGCUUACCUAUUGCAGCGCUUGUCGACGAGAAAAUCUUGUGUAUGCAUGGGGGGCUUUCACCAGAGUUGACCAGUUUGGACCAAAUAAGAGAUAUCGGGAGGGCCAUUGAGAUUCCAGAUUAUGGUCUUCUUUGUGAUUUGCUUUGGUCUGAUCCUGAUCUUGAGGUUCAAGGGUGGGGAAUGAGUGAUAGAGGGGUUUCAUGUACUUUUGGUGCGGAUAAACUUGUUGAGUUUUUGGAGAAGAAUGAUCUUGAUCUUCUAUGCAGAGCUCAUCAGGUAGUAGAGGACGGAUAUGAGUUUUUUGCACAACGGAGUCUAGUCACGAUAUUUUCAGCUCCAAAUUAUUGCGGUGAAUUUGAUAAUGCUGGUGCUUUGUUGAGCAUAGACGAGUCCCUAUUGUGUUCGUUUGAGAUAUUGAAACCCUUUGGAGAUAAAGCUGGACCGGGCAGCUCUAAUACAUUAAGACCAAUACCAAAGAAGUUGGCAACAGGUGGGAAUAUUUGAUGUCUCUACAAUUAUGACCGAUCUGCUCAGCUAAAUGACGGUCCAAAGGGUUUUCAUCCGAUCUUACAUUAAUUUUCUCUUUUAGCUUCCAGUAUUUAGUCUGGCAGGCAUUGCUAGCCAUUUAACACCUUUUUAGACCAUCAGGAAUUCAAAGCUUGUAUGCUAAUUUCCAGGAAAAGGCUGUAAAUUAAUUCCAGAGACUUUGUUUUUUUCUGUACAGCAAUAAAGUGUUGUUCAAUGCAA